UUUGUUGUUGCCAUUAAAAAUAUUUAGGAUCAAGCAUUUGAGUAAAACCAGCAAAAUCUACUUCUGCGUCUAUUGCGGGCUAUACACAAGUUAGGUUUUCGAGAAUGUUCCCACGAGAACAAAAACAAAAUGACAAAAAAAACAUGCUAAUUAGUCGUCACAGGAUAAUACAAGCAUUAAACCCAACUUCAACAUGAUUCCAUUAGUAUGUAGUACAAACCCCCAUCAAAAACUAGCCCAUUAAGUUGAUAUCAGCGUUAGUUGUUCUCACUAUACUAAUCCAACCGAGAUGUUCAGCAAUAACAACAACAACUCUGCGGCAGAGUUCUCACCGAGAGGAUGAACCUAGGCUAGACCUAGACCUUUAAAUAAUACCGACCCCGGCACAUGAUAAGUCAUUUGCCCCUCAACCACGGGUCAAGACGCGCAAUCGAGAACUUGAUAAAGGAUACAGUAUUUGCAGUGUUACAAUUAGUGCUCGAACAAAGAUUAGUGAGAAUCGGUAAUUCAGAGCAAUUACCGGGGUUAGUCCAAGGCACAUGGAGUUUGUCCAGGAGUACAGUGACGAGGAGGCGGCUGCAAUCGAGCGGGAAUUUACCAGGUUGAAAGACAAGCACUACCUGGACCAUGCGGGAGCCACGCUGUACGCGGAAUCGCAAAUCCGAGCCGUGCACGACCUGCUGACCGCCAACAUGUUCGGCAAUCCGCACACCAGCCACCAAACCGGCCAGCUGAUGGACGAGGUCCGCCGUCGAGUGCUGCGCUUUUUCAACACCGACUCGUCCGAGUACAGCCUGAUCUUCACGUCCGGUGCGACCGCGUCCCUGAAGAUGGUCGCGGAGAACUUUACCUUUCGCGCGGCGGACUCGGCCGAGGGAGACGAGGGCGCGUUCGUGUACCUGCGGGACAAUCACACCUCGGUGCUGGGGAUGCGGGCGAUCGUCGGAACGAGCCGAAUUCAUCCGCUGGAACGGGAGGACUUUGUGCGGCAUAUGAAGGUUUCGGCGCGAUCUUCGCAGCGCAAGCCCUCGCUGGUGGUUUUCCCCGCGCAGAAUAACUUCAACGCGGCCAAGUAUCCGCUGGAGCUGAUCGAGGAGAUUCGGGAGAACGGGUUGGUUGGGUAUGACGAUGACAAGUUCUACGUGUGUUUGGACGUCGCAAGCUUUGUGUCGACCAACUUUCUGGAUUUGGAUCGCUACAAGCCGGACUUUGUGUGCAUGUCGUUCUACAAGAUCUUUGGGUAUCCAACCGGACUUGGCGCUCUUCUGAUACGUAAAGGUUCGGAAGACCUGCUGGACAAGAAGUACUACGGUGGAGGAACGAUCCAAAUCGUGAUGAGCGGAAAGAACCUGCAUCGCAAGCACGUAAAGCCGUCUGAUCGCUUCGAGGACGGCACCCAACCGUUCCUAUCGAUUAUCGCUCUACUGGAGGGAUUCAACACGAUCCAGCGUUUGAUUCCACCGUCCAACGGGUACCGCUCGAUGGAACGGGUCUCGAAGCACGUGUUCAACCUGGCCAAGUACUGCUACCAUCAGCUGGGAGAACUCGUGCAUGCGAACGGUGCCAAAGUGAUCCACUUCUACAUGGAUUCCCGGUUCGAGUCCCGCGAUCGCCAGGGUGGGAUCGUCACCUUCAAUGUGCUGAAAGACGAUGGAAGCUACGUGGGCUAUGCGGAGUUUGCCCGGAUCGCUCUGAAGCACGAUGUAUACUUGCGGGCGGGAUGUUUCUGUAACUCGGGGACCUGUCAACGGCAGCUGAAGCUGUCCGAUGAGGGUUUGCUGGAGUACUUCAAGAUGGGCAAGAUCUGCGGGGAUGACAACGACAUGAUCGACGGACAUCCCACGGGAACCGUCCGGGCAGCUUUUGGCUACAUGACCAAACCGGAGAAUGUGGAUCGGUUGGUGGAGAUAAUCAGGGAGAGGUUUGUAUCGCAGGGGGUUUCCAGGCCUGUGAAGCCUACUAAUCGAUCAUCGAACGAUGAAGAGUUGGAACUCAAAGCAAUCUACAUCUAUCCGAUACGAUCGUGCGGGUCAUUCACCGUAACUACCAGUUGGCCAAUGGUAGACAGAGGAUUGAAGCACGAUCGCGAGUUCAGUAUUGUCAACAGCAACGGCACGCCCUUAUCCCAGUCCAAACAUACGGACAUGGCCUCGAUCGUCCCGAAAAUCGAUCCUCGAAGCAACGUUCUAAUCCUAACGCAUCCCACAAUGCCCGAUCUGAUCUUGAACCUUAACAAACUCCCAACAGCAAAGUCCACCAUCCUUCCGGAAGAUUCCGUAGAUUGCGGCGACGAAAUUGCCGCCUGGAUCAGCAAAGCCCUUCGCCAACCCCGACUACGUCUCGCAAAACACCUCAACGACGGAAAUCACUCCCCUCCCCCCAAAAUCCUCAUGAUCAACGGAAACGCGCUGCGAUCGCUGGGCGAUGAAGACAGCGCGGAAGAUCAAGCGACCGCAUCCUGGCUGGUGGAGCACUUCCAGGGCAACCUGGUGGUCGAGGCACCCGCCACGGUAGACAUGCAAACGUGGAAGCAGGUCGCCAUCGGGGAGCACCGAUUCAAGGUGGUGGGGAUGUGCACCCGCUGUCCGAUGAUCUACGUGGAUCCGGCCAGUGGGAAAGUUUCGGCGGAUUCGCUGAAGGCGAUUGCUAACGUGUUCAAGAAGAAGGUCCCGUUGGGGAUGUACUUGGCGUACGUGGGCGAUGGAGGGGCGACAGCUAGAUCGCUGCAGUGUGGUGGAAGAUUUAUUCCGGAACAGAAGGAUCAUUCUAAAGCGACGUCCAUCACGGAAUCUGUCGUUAGGUUUAACUUUAAUGGGUAGUGGCAGUUUUCGUUCAAUAACUUUUAUAUUUUACCGCGGUAUAACAAUGUAAAUGCAAGCUAUGCACUGGACGCGUGACUUCGAUCGUAACAUUAUAAUAAAGCUUCGCAACGCCAUCGUGCACGAUAUAACCAUUGUCAUUAAAGUUGGAAACCUACAGGCAAUACAUGCCAUAAAUAAUAACAUACCCCUCUGUACGAUACAGAUAGAUCCAUUACACAGUGGUGUCCAUCGACCGCGUAGGUAAAUAAAGCGCUAAUUAUUAUGGAGCAAAAAUGGCAUAAACACCCACGUAAAUGUGCCUAAUUGUUACGGUAUCGAGUGCAGAAAAAAAAGGAAAAUUAUGCACGUCAAACUGAAGCGGCACCACCUGAGCCUUUUCACUUAACACAGCUGGCUCCAUUCACAUCUUAUCCAGAGACUAGGGUACCAGUCUGUUUUUUUUGUGUUUUCAGAUUUGUUCAUAAUAUUUAAGAUUCGUUAAAAUUAAGAAAAUAAUACAUUCAAAAAAACUUUACUGUCAAUCAUAAAUCAUACCAAGUUCUAACUACAUCCACUGAUUUUUUUUAAAGUUAUGUUUACUCAUCAAGUUCUAAUUUCCAAUGACAAAUUUCGAUAUUCUAUGGAACCGAACGGAGUUUAAUCCGUUAAUCUUAGGAAGAGUGGGGAGACUUGACCUAGUUUAUAUCCCGUCUGCGUGAUAUUCAUACCCGAUCCUGGAAUCAUUAUUCAUCUUGAUCCUGGAAUAGAAUGUGAGCGAUAGCGCCGGAAAAUGUAUAGCGGGUGAAGAGACACUUCGCAUAGACGCCCUUGCUCCUAUCACGUCAGUUUGUAUUUCGUCAGCGUGUGGUUAGAAAAAGUGCUAUGUUCUAGAAAGAAAGCAUUGCCUUGGCGUUCUCGAUUGCGAAAUUCCUACUCAAAGCUAGGUGUCCGAAGCCUCAAUUGUUGAGGCAAUUGAAAACCUCUAUUACACCUAAGCUUCCAUCCACUCCGGGAUUCGAACUGACGACCUUCUGAUUGUGAGUCCAAUUACAUACCAGCGACUCUACCGAGACAGGACCCAGGGAGACGACAUUUACUUUCCUGUCCCGUCACGGAAGGCGUGAUCAGACGAAUCUCGUCUCGAAAAUGCCAUCGGGACCGUCUGGGAUCGAACCCAGUCCAACCACGCUUACCACUACACCACCGGUCCCUUCAUGUUUUCAUGUAUACAGAAACCAAUUAAAAUUUAUUCUAUUCUACUAUGUUUAUGCAUAAAUUGUUUGAUAAACUUAUCGUAGCAUAGCAUAGCAUUGGUGUCUACCCGUAGCUGCUACUUCGUUAUUGACCAGGACCCCCAAACAUUGCACCGUGGAACACAUAUGAAAAGUAGGUACCAAUCAUACCCCCUUCGCAAUUUUCAAAGGUCCCUACCGUGCUGAUCAAUACCGACGCCGGCCACGACCAGUGGUAAAACACGGGGAGGUUGAUGGGAAUGUUAGUCCGAUACUUGAGUGAUGGGACCGCUAAAUCGGCUGCUUCUCCGACAAAGUAUCACAUGAGUUUUGAGGGGUUAGUAAGAUGGGUAUGAGGUCAGGAUUCACUGUGGUAGGUGAUGCGACCGAUGCGACCAUAAGCAAUUUGUUUAUCUGUUGAUUUUUUUUGAAAAUCUUAGGCAGCCGACUGCAAGGGAUAUAUAUUUCAUUAUUUAAAAAGUUUUUUUAAUCGAACGCGUGCCAACCGAGCAGUAGUGCUAUGGGCUUGACCUAUCAGUAUAUUUUUACUGUUUAUACGAUAACGCGAGUAAAUUUCAAAAAUAGUAAAUAAAAGACGCUUUAGCCUUCAUAAAAUUGAUAGCUUGAUGAAUUAAUACUAAAACUGUCAGUUGGAAUAAAUUAUUACGAUCAACGAAUUAGAACAAAAAGAAAACAGGACACCGCGUAAACAAUUGUGGUGAAAUUAAAGCAAUAAUUUAAACGAACUCAACCGGCGGUGUAAUACCUUGGUUAUAAACUUAUCAUCUACAAACAACACAAAGAAACCAUUUUUUUUUAUUGAAACAUUCUGAAUUCAAAUUUGAAUGUUUUUCUAAAAAAAACAUGGCCGCCAAAUGGCCGAUCGAGAACGAUACCUUUCAGAGCCUUAAGUAAAUAAAAGGUUAAAACUAGUAAAUCGGUACAAGUAUUUACAUUCUAACCUUAACCAAACCUGAAACUGAAUACACUCAAACCCCGAUGGUUUUACACCAACUGUUGCCAAACGAACGGGGUCACUUUUUAGUUUGACGGAGUUCACACACACUACUGAACGUUUGUUUUGAUAGUGUGCGUGAGCGCCGUGUGUCACUUUUAAGUUUGGCUUUGACCAACCAACGGGGUACAAACUAAAAAAGUGUCCAACCACCGGGGGUUGAGUGUACGUGUACAAAUGGGUACUAAAGCCCUAUGUAAUUUUUUAUGUGCAACGGUAAAAAACACGAUUAAAAACCAUUUCUAAUCACUUUUUUUUUCAUUUCAAUGCAAACAUUUUUUUUUACAAGACAACAUUUUUUCGAUGGAUCUACUAUGGUUCCCUUGGAACGAGCUGUCAAGUAGGAGCUUUUCUGUCACGAAGGACCGCGAGGUCAAUUUUUCAAAAUUGAUUUAAAAAUCCAUUUUCAACACUUGUGGUCGCACAAAGGAUCAUUGUACUCAGAAAAGUAAGCUUUAUCGCUGUAAACAAUAAUAUCAGCAAUCUAAGCUUCAUUUUAGGACCCAAUUGCUCUAUAGAUGAGUUUUUUUUUCUUAGAUCCAUGUCUGUUUGUCUGUGCCAGCUGCGACGGAACGUUUUUUUUGUCAACUGAAUAAUUCUGUUUGCAUGACAAACUUUGCUAAUAAUUGAUCAUAAGGGUAAUAAUUGUUUCCACAGUUUGCGUGUGUAGACAACAACGAUUCAUUCAUAGUCGAAUUAUCAAUGACAAAUAAGCCUAAUUUUUGAGACCCGCUACGCAACGAGUUUACAAUUAACGACAUUAUCUUAGAAGCUCAAAUGCCUAGUCAUCCUGUUCACACGUUCUGCAUUCUGUUUGUUGUGGCUUAUCGUACGUAACUAUAAUUGGGCCUGAAAUUUGCAAAACCACCGCCACAACAAACAGCUUUGAUGGCUUCGCAGAACUAAGCCAACGCUCGUGGCUGGAUUUCAUAAUACGUGACACAUUACGCAAAGGUGCACAAUUUGUCGUCCCUACUCCGUUAACUCCUUCAAGCUGAACGUGUUUUGUUGCAGCACGUUGUAUAAUACUGAAGAUAGAAAAACAGUACGGCCAUCGUAAAAAAAGGUUAAAAUGAGUUUUUGGUAACAUUCAGAAUUCUCAAUCUCCAGUACAGCCAGAUCCAAGGAAUGUCAGCAAAAUUGCUUUUCACACGAAAUAAACGAAACGUUCCAGCCAAUGUUGACUGUUUUCUAACUGUACCGACCACACACUCUACGUCUGGCACUCCAAGUGUAUGUACACAGAACAAACAUCCAAAUCUAUUAUUCAACCCAAUCACGAACCUCCACGCGCUUCGUCAUCGCAAUCGACGACGACGGGUUGCAACAACGUGGCGUUGAUAAGAUAAAGCUGUGUCAUUUCAGAAAAAAAAGUGU